AGCGCCUCUGUCUUCCGGCGCCCUCUCUCUUCUCUGGGAAAUUCUCCCCUUAUUGCUGUCCAUUCUGCUCCCUAUUUUCCUGGCCCUUUUCUGCCACUAUCCCCUUCCCUUUUUCAUCCCCCCUUGUAUUUUUUUGUAGCCGCCUCUGUCUGGCUGCCAGUUGGCUGUCAUUUAUCCCCACUUCGGGUUCAGUUUCGGCUUCCACCAAUUUCCCCCACUCCCUCCAACCCUCCAACCCUUCAUUGCCCCUUUUUAUCAUUUAUGGCCGUCGUUCUCUGGCUUUUUAUGUGCGCUAUUUCGCGAAGUAGAACAAUAGCCGCCCGCCCGCCAUCUCAUUCAUCCCAGUGGCAAAGUCCUGGGAUCCUGGGAUCCCCGGAAUCCUGGGUCCUGAGUCCUGAGUCCUGAAUCCUCAGCUACUCGGCUCCUCGGCUCCUACUUCAUCUUCGUGUGCCUUUGUUACAACAAAACGGACAGGGUGAGCCACUGUCCUUCACCACUAUCCUUGCGCCCUCGCGCUACUUUAUUGUCUUGCCAAAAGAAAUAGACUUUUAAUAUACUUGGCCAUUCAGAGCACAAAACAGGCAGCUCCCUGGGAAAACUCCUUUUCUUUUCUCUUUUUUUUUUGUAUUUUGUGUUUCUGUUCUACGGAAAAACAAGCGGAGAAGUACGGAGAAGUGUCUGGGAGUGUGGAAAUAUUAGGCGAUUUUGCCAGUUCAUUGACUUGCCACAACAAUAGUUUGAAGUUUGUCUGCCAAAAUAUGAGAGUCCGAAUAAAAUGGAAGCAAUUCGAACGAGAGGGGGGAAAAAACAGAAGCUAAAAAGUUUUUCACUUUAAUAGUUCGACCAAUUUGAGAGUGGCUAAAAGGCCGAGGAUAAUGGCAGCACAGGGAGCGCAAAUAAAAUCACACUCCGAUUUAUUUGUACUUCUGGAGGGGCGACUCUGCGACUUUAUCAAUUGGAACUUUAAUGGCAGAAAAAUACGAAGUGUCGAGAUGGGUGUGUUGGGAUUGCUAAUUGAAUAAAUUAUACAAAAUGAAAGAGCAAUCAUAGGUUUUCAAUAUUUAAUAAACAUAAAAUAUUUGUGAUCUGAAGUUCGAAGUGGGUUCCAAAAUAUAUAUUAUAUUUCCCAAGUAGGCUUUACUCUAUUAGCAGUUUUCGAACUCUAAAGUCAUGAAUCAAUCAGCUCAGUUCAUAUACAAAACAGUAACUAAACACAACACCAAAAUUUAAUUUCGAAACACUCCAUCAAAAUUUUGUUGUUUCAGAUCUAGAAACUACGAAUUAGGCGACCGGGGAUUCUACAAUUUCAGAACUCCAAAGAACCUCGAGCUCUAGUUCCAAAAACUAAAGCCAUGGCCGAGAAGAAAGUCGAGGAUAACGAGAGUUCCAUGGAACCCACUGCCAGUUCAUCUUCGAAUCCUCCGAAUCGCUUGAAUAGCCAACGUCGCACUCAAGAGCAGAAUAAUGCCGUAUUUGCUCGACUUUUCGCCAGUUUGGACAGCGAGCAUCGAAAGUUGAAAGAGUUGGAAGAGCGGCGAUCAAGGCUCACCGAAGAAAUGAAGCAUCUGAGGGCUCUGUUAUUUGCAGAGAAUACAAAACUCCGACAGACGAUGGCUCCAGCUCCGGGAAACGCGGUUCCCGGUGCUAAUCCCAUAGCCCAAAGUGAAGCAUCUGCUGGUUCUAGUGUCAAUCCCAUCGUGAAACCUUUAGUUUUGUCCCGAAAAUCCUCGAGUAAAUCGGUGACCAUUGCCGAACCACCAAUUCAAAGCGCGCCCAUCAAAAGAAAAGCCAGUUCAAAUAGUGUUCAAAGUUUGCAGAAAAGGGGAAGUUCACGAGGUCUCAAAGCAUCGUCAAAGAAAAUUAAACGUAGGAUGAUGCCAAAAAAUAUAUCCGAUACCAGAGAGGAAAUGUUGGACAUCCUCGAUGAAUCUGGGCAAUCUCCUUCUGCGGGCUCCACUUUGCGAAGCCCUGAGCAUCGGAGAUCCAAUCCAGAGAUUCGAAAAGAUGUUGACGAUGUUUUGGGUUCCCUGUCAGCACUUUUUACCAUAACGGAUGGCCAACAAGAAGGGCAAAGGGAUUCCCAAUUGACUGAACCAAGUUCAACUAAUUCUUUAACUAAUGAAGAUUUCCACCCGAAAAACUCCGAAGAAAAAUCUGGCAUUUUGAGCUCUGAUCAAGAUCCUGGUUAUUAUCUUCCAAGUGUUAACUCCUUGUUGAAGAAUUUACUAGGAAGUAGAGCCGCACCCAUCCCUUUGAUAGAGUUGCCAGAAGUAUCAAAUACUUUGCCCUCGGUUGAAAUUAGCGAAAGUUCGGCGAUCGUGGAGGAAGUCCUUCAAAACGAAACCGAAAAGAAAACUGAUUGAGGUCCUUUUAAUGUCCUUUCAAACUCUUCCAAUGGCUUUCUAAAUUCCAUCACUGGAUCUGACAGCAUUAUUUCAUCAAAUACACGAAUGAAAACCCAA